UAUGUUCACUGCCUAUGACAGUGCUAUGAUGCUAUUAUAAAACCAGGGUCAAGAACCUUUUUCAGCCCACGGACUGCAUUCCCUUUGGGAUAAACCUUCCGAGGACACAUGAAAUGGUUUUUAAACUGAGAUGCCAGAUGACUCCCUGCCCUUAAAAGCCAGAGAUGCUAUUCAAUCCAAAGUCAUAUACACGCAAAUGAAGCUAACUUCGCUUCGGUGUUUCUGGUAGCCUUAAUCCGCCGUUGCAGCCCAACCAGAAACUACAACUCCCAGCAGGCUAAGUGAAGCGAAGGGUUGCCACUCGAACUACGUCAACCAGCAGGCCUUGCGCCAAGGAACCACAUCUCCCAGCGUGCCACGGAGCGGAGUGAAGGAUGUGCUCAGGUCAGUGUGCUGAGAUCUGGAAAUACGUCAUCCGCCAUGUUUACCACCAAAGGAAUGCCAAGAAGAUCCGGGGCAACUUGCUAUGGUAUCAGCAGAUGGAGGAGACUCAGGGCAAGCCCAGUGCCUCGGAAUCGGAGAAGGAGCGUCGUAAGCAGCUGAUUCAGGGCAUCUCCUGCCUUCGGGAGGAGCUACAGCAGAUAGACUUGCAGAUUGAAUCGGCACAGCGUGAGCUCGUGGCUGAUGAGGUCACCCUGGAGAUGGCACAGGAGGAAAUCCGGGAUGCCAAGCGUCGCAACUUGCUGCUCAAGGCCUACUCGGCCCGGGUCAUGACAGAGCGCCAGCAGUUGCAGGCAAGAGUGGCACAAGUUGGAGGCCAUCUGGAGCAACUUGAGGAGAUGGAGAGGAAGGCCAAAACGUCAGUGGUGUUUAGCAGGAAAGCCCCGGAGUCCGGAUUCCCCAACUUGGAGCCAGACGUUCUGCGAGAUGUCCGGGAAGCCUGCUGGCUGCGUUUCCAGUUCCUGAAGACCCUCUUUGACCGCAGUGUCUCUGGGCAUUUUCCCAGUGGGAUGAACGAGGAGCAGCUGAACACUUCCUACCAGCACUGGCUGAGCGUCGUGGAGAACGUGGCUGGCUCCCACCCACCUGCCCACAUCCUUUCGGCCUUGGAACACCUGGCCCUUCAGAGCACGCAGCAGCUGCAGGAGCUCACCGACAGCAUCAACAUCCCCCGCGAUGUGGAAGCCCUCAAGUUUCGCUAUGACAGUGCCCACCUGGAGGAUGUCUCUGAGCCAGUGGAUGACCUGCCCUCUGUCCAGGGCCUCAUACAGGAGGGCUGGAGCAAGUGUGAGAUGCUUUGCGUGCAGCAGAUCCCCCUCCACGCCCAGGAGAGAAGGCUUUUGGCACAGUUGGACGCUGUCGUCCAGGAGAUGCAUCGUCUACUGUCAGACAGCUCAGAGCAUUCCAUCCUGGCCAGAGCUGCAUUUGAGUUGGAGCUCCGGGCUGUGAGAUUGCGGGGAUACAGGGAUGGGCUUUUGCAAGGCUGCCAGGAGCUGGAAGAGGUGGUGAGGACCCGAAAUGCGGAACUACAGAGCUUGCAAGCGAAGCGCCAGUGCAUUCUGGACUUCCGCCACCUGGUGAAUGAGAAACAGCAGCACAUCCGGGCGCUCAUCAAGGGCACUUCAUAUAUUAAAUCACAGCUUUGCAAGGACCAGGCUGAGAUCCAGGACUUUAUAGAGAAGAAACUGCUCCCUCAAGAGCAGUUGAUCGAGGUGGAAGCACAGCAGCUGCGUGACAGGGUAGACCGUGAGGUCCGACAGUUCAGGACCAUCGCCCUGCCUUGCCUGCUCCGCUGUGAGCUUCCUGGGUCUCGGCGCAUCCCUGCCCAUGAGCUUUCCAUCCACCGCCUGAGCCGCACAGCACCAACAGAGUACAGAGCCUUGUUGAAUGUGUGCCACGGAGCAGCCUUCCCCCUUUACAAGGCCCCUGAGGAGCUGCUCAUCCACAUGGCCGAGCUGAAGAAGACGGUGCUUUGCUUGCGUGCCCAGCUGGGUUCAAAGCAGAGAGCUCUGGGAAACCUGCAGCGCCAGCUGGCCAGCUCCCCUGAGCCCAAUGUGCAGGCGCUAGUGCGGGAGGUGCAGGACCGAGAUCAGGAGCAGGUGCGUGAGCUGCUGCCCCAGAUCCAGCGGGUGACAGAUCAUUGCAGGUGUCGCAUAGAGCGCUGGCAAGAGGUGCAGGCCGUCGUGGAUGCCUGGUGGGAGCAACCUGGGCAGUUUGUCCUCCCUGCAGAGUGCCGCCACGGCUUUACCCUGCAACAGUGGCUGGAGCGCUGGACCCUGGCUGCCAAGGCCCUGCAACAAAAGCAGCAGCAGGGAGGUGAGCCGCACAGCUGGGUCUGAGACCGGUGUGGGAGCAGCAUGUGUAAAUGGCACCCUCCCGACUAGCAGGAGUAGACAUCGAAGGCCUGUUGUGAUCAUUGCUGAAGGGGCGUGGCAUGUGGUUGAUGGGUCAGUCAUGUACUUUGUUCCGUCAGGUUGCGAUGGAGUGGAACUGCAACUGUCAUGAGAUGUUUCCAUCUCUUCCCCCUUCCCCUCCUUGGGAGGUUGGGGGAAAGUAGUGUCGUAGGUCUGCCUUGGUAGGCAAGUAGACUGUGCCUUAUCUUCUGACCCUUUGGAAUAAAUCUAAAUGUAUCUUCUUAUAGUUUGUAAUAAAUCUAAAUGCAUGAAAUCUCAA